AGUUGUGGCUCACGGGCCUAGUCGCUCCGCGGCAUGUGGGAUCUUCCCAGACCAGGGCUCGAACCCGUGUGUCCUGUAUUGGCAGGUAGAUUCUCAACCACUGCGCCACCAGGGAAGCCCCGGCAGGUGGACUCUUAACCACUGCGCCAGCAGGGAAGCCACCAGACAUGUCACUUCUGAUGCAAGGGUCAGGCUAGUACUGCUGCACCCUCCCCCUUCAGCUCCCAAUCACAGAGGAUGCUGUAGCCCCAAAUCUUUUAGGUUUCACUGCCGUAGCAUUCCUGAGGGUCCCAAAGUCUUAAAAGGGAAAAGAUCAGCUUGUGGAAUAAGGAAGGAAUGAAACUACCCUCCUAGUUUAAUUCCUCCAUUCCCGCUACCCUUGCCGGGGGUGUGGGGGUGUGUGUGAAGGUGGAGCCAAAUCAAAGUCCCUGGAUCCCGGGGCUUGUACCUCUCAGUGCAGAAAUUCUCUGGCGUCCCCUGGUGGUCAUCAACACCACUGUGUUCUCUCAAGGAUUACUCUCUACAGCUCAAUUGAGAUAUCCUUCACAGGGUAAGGAAACAGGCACGCUUACCCAAUGUCCCAUGUCAAGGAAAUGCUAGAGCUGGAGCUGACCCAGAGCUCCUGGCCACCAGUCCUUUCCGCAGCAUCACUUUCUAUCCCUGUAGUCCUCCCUAGUGGCUAACUGACCUGGCAGGCAAUGUUGUAACAUUUAUUAUUUAUGAUACAAGUACUAUGUUGCUAUGUUACUCUAUUAAAUAUGCCACACUCUGAGGUGUGCUGUGAUACUGGAUUAUAUAUUAAGCCUGAUCAGGUCAAUAUAUAAAACGUGAAAUUGGCAACCCUGUUAUUAUAAAAUGGAAUCACAGAAACACCCCUGUCACCCUACCCACCUCAGUUUUCCAUUUCAGGGACCAGCCUUUUAUGCCCUACCCCGCCCCCGCACUGUUCCUGGGAAGUAGGCUUUCUCCAUAAACUCCGUCCCAUCACCUCAUCCGCAGGAAUGUCAAGAGGUGCAAGGAGAUAAAGUCUCGUGGGAUACAAAUGUUACUUAAAAUGGGAGAGGUGACAAGAGAAGAGAGGAAGCUACAAAAUGCCCUUCAGGCAGCGUUCUCAACUGGAGCAUAGGAAAUGACAGCAGGAGGGAGCAGAGGAGAGAACUGCUCACCUUUAAUGGCUGUGAUGUUUGGGGCAGGCUGGUCUGACAGCGGAGGGCUGGAACAGGUCUCAGGUCGAUGGCAGACAAGAAGAGGAGGCAUGAGGACUGGCAGGCGGCAGGACUGCCUGGCCCAUUGGGUACUCUGGAAUAAGCCUCUGCUCAGUUUUUAUUCACCUGUACCUUAUGUCUUGGUCCUAAAAGAGAGACAAGGGCACCAGUUCUGCUACCCCGCUGGAGGGCUGACUUUUCACACUGGAGUAAAAAUGCGGUUGGAGAAAUGAGCCCCACCCAAGGCGCUGGGGCAGCUGCAGGACGUGGGAGGUAUGGAGACCAAGGUGGGGCUGGUUUGGGUAGGAAGAGAGAGGAUGAGACAGGACAGGGAUGCCCAAUGGCAGCUGAAGGGAUUCAGAUAGUCCUGCUCGGGAGAUAAAGACACAUCUAGACGCCUGACAGUAACUCAGCCGGGCUCCUUGGAGGAUCCCAAAGGCUGGCUUUGCCAACUUGUUAGAAAGCAAAGUGAUGCCUGCACCCAUGACUUAUGAGGAAAGCAAAGAGGGCCCUCAGUGUGAAUUUGGAGAAAGGGAGAGAAGUGAAGCCCCAGCUCCACUCCACACCCCCUUCCUGUCUAUAAAUAACCCCAAGUGUCGCUUCAAAGGGGACAGGGAGCGCGGGAGAGGGGCUCCCAGGGCCGGUGGGUGGGGGCAGCGGGCGCUGCAGACCACGCCCCCCACCCCGGGCGAGUUUGCAUAAAUAAACAAAUCCAAGCCGUCGGCCCUGCAGGAGGUGGAGGAGGAGCGGGGAGGAGGAGAAGGGAGCGGGGCGGGAGAGAUUAGUUUGGGAAGUAGCACGGAUUGCUCAUCCGAUCCGUGCAGCCGCAGCCAGUGUGUCAAGUUACAGAGGCGCCGGAAUCGGCCCCAGCGCUCCUCGGCAGCGGCCACGACCCACCUCUGCCCGUGGGGCCCUCCACGUGCACCCCUUCGCCCCGGGACUGAAACUGGCUCGCCCGGGAGACGGGAGACACCAAGAAGGACAGACGGCGCAGAACCAACUCCAGGACUCUGCAGAUACUUGAAGGGAAAGACGGGGCGGAAAGGAGAGCCGGCCAGAUUCCCCUAACUUUCCUGGACUUGGAACGUUCUUCGAAGUAACUUCUUUUUCUUACCUGGGUGUACCCCAAUUACUGCUGGUUGUGUUUUUUCGGCUUUCCCCCUCCAGCUGCUAUUUUUUCCAUCCUCUUUGCCGGGAGCCAAGGAUAGGGACAUUUUCCAGCGACACAAGCCCUUUCCCCCUGCCCCGCAGCUUGGAUCGCGCCUUUGGACAGCGGCUCUCGCCUUUAUUUAUUCUAUUUAUUUAUUUAUUGGUUCUCAAUACGCGAGGGGAUGGUAGCAGAGCGCUCCCGCAAAGCGACAGCCGCCGGUGCCCGCGGCCCUGGGGAGCUGGACACGCCCGGGACGGUGGCGCUGGCGGUGGCGCCGGCGGAGCGCUGCGCGCGGCUGCCGAGCCCGGGGUCGUGCGGGCUACUGGUGCUGGCCCUCUGCUCGCUGGCGCUCAGCCUGCUCGCCCACUUUCGGACAGCCGAGCUGCAGGCCCGGGUGCAGCGCCUGGAAGCAGACCGUGGGGAGCAGCAAAUGGAGCCGGCUAUUUUGGGACGAGUCAACCAACUGCUGGAUGAGAAAUGGAAGCUCCACUCACGGAGGCGCCGGGAGACCCCGAAGACGUCUCCAGGGUGUCACUGCCCGCCAGGGAGUGGGGUUGAGGAAGGGUCAGAUGACUUACUGGACUGAAUGGACGCUGACUCUGAGAAACAACGCUGGAAGUUCACGAGUUUUUUUUUUUUUUUAAUCAUGUUAUUCUUUUGAAAUCA